AUGGCCGGCGGGCCGGGCCGCGCACCCAGUGGAGGCGGGGACGGCGGCGGCCGCGUGCGGGCUCAGAAGCGACGCUCGCACGACGACGCUAAGGCGGCAGCCAAGCCCCGCUCCCAGCGCAGCUCGGCGGCCAGCCAGCAGCAGCCCGUGCGUGAGCUGUCCGCUAUCCGGGAGGGGACCGACUCUGCGGCGGCGGACGACGGUCACGCCUCGCCGACCCAGGCGAGCCAGGGCAGCGAAGCGCAGUCGCCCAGGGACUCCGGCAACCACAGCCUGACGGGCGAAGAGGCGGUCGACGUGGGCGAACUACGGAAGGAGAACUUCGACGAGCCAUCAACGGAGGGCUCAGACAAAAUAGCAGACGAGGAGCCAGGCGAGCUGCGAACCGAGUCCGUCGAAGAAUUACGGAACGACGUCUCGGAGCAGCUGGCGUCAUCGACGACAGCAGACGCAGACGCAGUAAGCGUCGCCGACGACUCGGGCCAGCAGACGGUGCUGUCCGAAGCCGCACCAGACCAGGAGGAGCCGGCCCCCGACGACACGGAGCGGUCAGGCGCCAUGUCCGGUGACAUGGAAGUGCUGCGUCCGUCGGAGGAGCUGGCGCUGGACGGCAGGGCGGCUGGUGAUGGCGAGGCACGUGCCGUCUCCCUGGAACGCGUCCUGAUAGAGCAGUACCACGGCGAUCCCGAGCUGGACAAGAACAACGACGUGUAUCAGGACCAGGUUGAAGAGCAAACACUGUCCAACGGCACGGACCGACAACACGUCGAGAAGAAGGUUGCUGACGAAAGCGCGGCAAAGCCGGAGUCAAAACCCGCGCGCACGGAUUCGCAUACAAGCCGCAGGAAGGAACCAACCCGAGACGGUGACAGAAAGUCUCCUCCGAAGGCGAAGGAAAACGGGACCCACAAAGAACAUAAUGCUCCGUCCCGGGCCGUGCAGAACGGGACAGCGCGUGCUGAGUCCAGAAAGACGGCGGAGAGGAGCGAGGCCAAGUCGACCCGGAAGCCCACCAAAAUCCCCCGAUCGAGACCAAUUGCCCGCAGCCAGGAGGACCUGCGGGCUGCUCGGGAGGAGGGAGCGGGCGAGCACGUGGCUGCGCUGCACGCCGCCAACGAGGACAGCGCACUUCAGAAGAGCACAUCACUCGUCAGCAUUCCGAGAAACCCUUCAGCUCAGAUGGGGGACCUGCACGUGUACCUGGUGCCACGGGAGAAAUGGUCGGCGCCGCGGCGGCUGGCCGAGCGCACCUCCCGCAACGACACCAUCUCACUGGGCUUCGUCAGGGUGCACCCAGAGUCGACGCUAAACCUGCUCCGCCGGGAGAUUUCCGCUCAGCUGCUGGGCAAUGAGCUCGCCCUGCGCCACUACAAGUUCGUCCGGCCCGUGGGAAAACACUUCACGCAAGUGAAGGCGAAACAGGAGGGCCACCUGAAGGCGCGGAACUUCAUGCCGCCGUACACGUCCGACCCGGAGAUCCAUCUGCUGCGCUUGCUGCCCCACGACCCGCUGGACGAGCUGGAGGACGCCGCCUACUGGCGCGGCUGGGACCGACACUACCGGCUCGAUCGCUACUACCCGCUGGUCCGCAACACCUUCUUCAAUCUGCGCAAGAAAUUGGCAGCAGUCAAGAAGCGGCGAGCAGAGAGCGAGAGGAAACGAGACGAGCUGGUGGCGCUCUCCAGAAGCUUACAGGAGCAGCUGAGCAUCAGACGCGAUGAGGAUAUGCAAAAAUGGAGAGACCUUUACCUACAAGAACGCAAGCUCACAGGCCCCUUGGAGGAAGCUUGCUCAUCUUUGCGUCGGGAAAUCGACAAAAUGCAUAAGAAGCUGCUACAGAGAGUGGAAACCAGACACAAGGGCACGAGCAAAGAAGGUCCAUCACGAAAGCUAACGAUGAAGCUGAAUCUGAAGCAGCUGGACUCGGACAUCGAGGACUGGCGGCGCCGAGUACGCUCGACACAGAUGAUCCUGGACACGGAGAUCAAGCUGCGGAAGCAGGCCGAGAUCGACGUCAAGACUCUGCGUCAGGAGCUGAGCCAGAAGCGGGUGACCGUCACACAGGCACGCUCCCACUACGGCCUGGACGCGGUCGACUGGUACCUGCUGCUCGGCCGUCAGAAGGCCGCCCGCAGCGGCCGCAGCCCCUCCAGACAGGCGGCCGGCCGGCGCGACGCUUCUCCGCAGCCGGCUUAGACCGCACCGGCCCGGCUAUGGCUCAGCAACUGGCCUAGACCGACCCCGCCUGGCUACGGCUUAAUAGCCGGCCUAGACCGACCCUGCCUGGCUACGGCUUAACAGCCGGCCUAGACCGACCCUGCCUGGCUACGGCUUAGCAGCCGGCCUAGACCGACCCUACCCAGCCGUGGCUCCGUGCCGGCUUAGACCGACCCUGCCCAGCCGUGGCUCCGUGCCGGCUUAGACCGACCCUGCCAGGCCGCGACGGCCGGCGGGUUCGAGCGC